AUGGAUGCGCCCCCCCUGCCCACAUCCACACGAGCAGGCGCCACGCCAGACGCCCCGCCGGCAGCCUCGGCAGCCGCCGGGGCAACCUCUGCGGCGCCCAGGCGCCCCUCCUCGCCGUCCAAGGCCGCCCCGGCGGCAGCGGCGGCCACGCCACCGCUUACGCCGCUGGCAUCUGGGCCCACCAUCUCCUAUCCGCUGCCCAGGGAACUCGACCUAGCCAACACCAACAUCCUCAUCACAGGCGGCACCAGCGGAGUGGGGCUGGAGGCAGCCAAGAUGCUGUGCGCCAAAAACGCCCGCCUCUUCCUGCUGGGGGACGACUAUGCCAACGGGCAGCGGGCGCUGCGCAGCGUGCAGGAGGCUGUGCCCAAAGCGAAAGUGGACUUCUUCCAGUGCGACCUUGCCUCACUCAAGUCGGUGCGCACCUUUGCGGCGGCCUUCAAGGGCAUGGCCGUGCCGCUGCACGUGCUGGCGCUCAACGCGGGAAGCUGCCUGUGGCCCUACAAGAAGACUCCCGACGGCUUUGAGCUGACCCUGGCCUCCAACUACCUGGGCCACUUCUACCUGGCCCACCUGCUGCUGCCGGAGCUGAUAGGCAGGCCCGCGGCCGGCCCUACCAGCUCUGCUUGA